CGUCCGCACUGAGGAGCCGCCGGCCGCACCGGGCUGCGCGCGCCGAAGAUGGCUGAGAAGCAGAAGCACGAUGGGCGGGUGAAGAUCGGACACUACGUGCUCGGGGACACGCUGGGCGUCGGCACCUUCGGCAAAGUGAAGAUUGGAGAACAUCAACUGACAGGCCACAAAGUAGCAGUUAAAAUCUUAAAUAGACAGAAGAUUCGCAGUUUGGAUGUUGUUGGAAAAAUAAAACGAGAAAUUCAAAAUCUGAAACUCUUCCGACAUCCUCAUAUUAUCAAACUAUACCAGGUGAUCAGCACACCAACGGACUUUUUUAUGGUAAUGGAGUAUGUAUCUGGUGGUGAAUUAUUUGACUACAUCUGUAAACAUGGACGGGUUGAAGAGAUGGAAGCCAGACGACUCUUUCAGCAGAUUCUGUCUGCUGUGGAUUACUGUCAUAGGCAUAUGGUUGUUCAUCGAGACCUGAAACCAGAGAAUGUGCUCUUGGAUGCACACAUGAAUGCCAAGAUAGCUGAUUUUGGAUUAUCUAAUAUGAUGUCAGAUGGUGAAUUUCUGCGAACUAGUUGUGGAUCUCCAAAUUAUGCAGCACCUGAAGUCAUCUCAGGCAGAUUGUAUGCAGGUCCUGAAGUUGACAUCUGGAGCUGCGGUGUUAUUUUGUAUGCUCUUCUUUGUGGCACCCUCCCAUUUGAUGAUGAGCACGUACCUACAUUAUUUAAGAAGAUCCGAGGGGGUGUUUUUUAUAUUCCAGAAUAUCUCAAUCGUUCUGUUGCCACUCUCCUGAUGCAUAUGCUGCAGGUUGAUCCUCUGAAACGAGCAACCAUCAAAGACAUAAGAGAGCAUGAAUGGUUUAAACAAGAUUUGCCCACUUACUUAUUUCCUGAAGACCCCUCCUAUGAUGCUAACGUCAUUGAUGAUGAGGCUGUGAAAGAAGUGUGUGAAAAAUUUGAGUGUACAGAAUCAGAAGUAAUGAACAGUUUAUAUAGCGGUGACCCUCAAGACCAGCUUGCAGUGGCUUACCAUCUUGUCAUUGACAAUCGGAGAAUAAUGAACCAAGCCAGUGAGUUCUACCUCGCCUCUAGUCCCCCAACUGGUUCGUUUAUGGAUGAUAGUGCCAUGCAUAUUCCCCCAGGACUGAAACCUCAUCCAGAAAGGAUGCCACCUCUUAUAGCAGACAGCCCCAAAGCAAGAUGCCCAUUGGACGCGCUGAAUACGACAAAGCCCAAACCUUUAGCUGUGAAAAAAGCCAAGUGGCAUCUUGGAAUUCGAAGUCAGAGCAAACCUUAUGACAUUAUGGCUGAAGUUUACCGAGCUAUGAAGCAGCUGGAUUUUGAAUGGAAGGUGGUGAAUGCAUAUCAUCUUCGUGUAAGAAGAAAGAAUCCGGUGACUGGCAACUAUGUGAAAAUGAGCUUACAGCUUUACCUGGUUGACAACAGAAGCUAUCUUUUGGAUUUUAAAAGCAUCGAUGAUGAAGUGAUGGAACAGAGGUCUGGUUCCUCAACACCUCAGCGUUCCUGUUCUGCUGCUGGCUUACAUAGACCAAGGUCAAGUUUUGAUUCCACAACUGCAGAGAGCCAUUCACUUUCUGGCUCUUUCACUGGUUCCCCCAGUGGGAGCACACUGUCUUCAGUUCCACCUCGCCUGGGCAGUCACACCAUGGAUUUUUUUGAAAUGUGUGCCAGUCUGAUCACUACUUUAGCCCGUUGACAACGUCUCUAGUCUCUGUCUUUCUGUUAUUGCACUGUGAAAAUCAGAUAUAUUCUUGAAAUUAUUAUCUUACUCACUACUGGAUAUCACAUACUCUGCAAUACUAAUUGAGAGACACAAAUAUCUCUAGGGGACAGUCAAUGCCAUUGAAAUAACUGAAAACAAAAAAUUGUGACAUUUUAUUUACCUGUUGAAAUCUGUAAUUCUCGUUUGCCUAUGAUAACUUCACAUAGGCAGCUUCUUUAAGACGUGAACAAUAAUGCAGAUUAUUGUUAAUUUAAAAUUGUGAAUUCACUACAGUAUGAUUAACACACCUUCAAUGAUGACCCAUCUCAAUCUGAGGGUUUGGCAACACCCCCUUGCUUUGUUGUUUGAUAUAGGUAAAUCCAGUUUAUUUUCUAAAAUUCAGCAGGCUUUAAGCUAUGUUUAUGCCCUAGUUCUCUUGCAUAAGGUAAAAAAAUAAAGCAACCAUUAGUAAGAUAGUAUUUAAAGGUUGAAAUCUUAAAAGACCUCGGAAUUUCUGAAGCUGAGUUCUUCUAGCAGUUGUUGCAAAUGCUGCCUAAUGUUCAGUGGCAGGACUGUGGUCCUUUAAAAGGUAACCACAAUUUCCAAGUUCCUUAGAAACAGCUGUAACUAACUCAGGGCUUUGAGAUCUCCCUGAACAAUGUAUUGGAACAUCUGGAGUUGCAACAAGUUUUGUCUUUUCUAUAAAGUCACAUGCCUUCAAAACCUACCUUUCUCAAAUUCUUUUUGAUUCUAUUUAAUUUUGCACUUCAACAAGAAGGAUAAAAUGUUUAAAUGAAACAAAGCAAAAAUAGCAAUAGUCUCUUAAAAGAGAACUCUUAUCUUUGUUCUCUUACUGAGUGUGCAUGUUUAUGUGUUUGUGGGGAGUGUUAGGGUUCUCUUGCAUCCCACAGUGCUAAUUCUUUAUUUGAAGCUUAAGUUUGUUCUUGCAACUCCCCAGAUGCCCAGCCUUCCUUCGUCACCAUUGUUUUUGUUCAUUGUCUGUUCCUCGGGUGGUUAAGUGAUUCAGCUUUUCAAUCUUCUCUUGUUCCCCUUCCUUGUUCUCUGUCGUGGUGGUUGCUGAUCGUUCAACUUGAAAACACUGUUCUCACCCUGAGGGCUUUCGUGUCCUUCCAAAGCUUGAUAGGCUGUGACCUUCACUGUUGAACCUGAUAGGGCAGGGAAGCCUUAGAACAUUUAAAAAAAAAUUCUCUUGAAUAAUUAUAUGUGUGGUUUACAUAUAUACAUAUAUGUAUUCACACAUCAGUGCUUUUAAAGGAAAAGCAAACAGGUUUUUGUUUGAUUUGCUUUGUACAGGUCAUUUUUAAGGUUUAAAAAAACUAUAUACAGCAGAGUAGAUAAUAGCUAAUUGAUUAUUUUUUGUUUUAGUAAAAAUAUUUAAUUUUUAAAUUAUGUGUAAUUUAUGUAAUUUGUAUUUAUUAAUUUGUUUUGUUUAAUAUAGUUAACAAUCACAUUCACCAGAGUUACCUAGAGAAGAUUAAGCACUUGAAAGCGAAAAGUGACAUUGGCUUGACAGGUUUAUCUUUGCCAAAAAUAAUGUAUUUUCUACCAAGAAGCAAAUGAGAAUGUUAGACCAAAUUUCUCCUGUGUUUAUUUGUGGAAGACAAGUAUUUUUAUCCUUAAAUAGUUUUUAAAUGAAGAGUUUGCAUUAUGCCACAUACAUCAUAUUGUUUUGUAGAACUUUUAAAAAAUGGUGUUAAAUAACUUGUAAGUCCAGCUUGUUAAUAUCAAAUUGGAAAGAAUCCUUGUUUGUCAAUUUGGGAAAGAGGAUAGAGGUUGCGGUUUGAGAUGUUUUAAUUUUAACCUUUGAAAGAUUGCCAUCUAGUGGCAUCCAGGGGUACUUUUGAGUGGUUUUCUUUUGGUUGGGGGGUUUGCUUUGUUUUGUUUUAAAUAGGGGUAAGCAGUCCUGUCCCCAUGAAUCAUGAGUUGGAAUUGACUCAAUGACAACCAAAUAUGACAAUAACAACAAGAAGCAGUCCUGCUGGAGCCCCUUGGUGGCGCAUACAGUUAAGCGAUCCACUGCUAGCCAAAAGGUUGGUGCUUCAAACCCAUCCAGAGGCGCCCUGGAAGGCAGACAUGGUGAUCUGCUUCCCAAAGGUCACACAGAACCUUGAAAACCCUAUGGAGCAGCUCUGCUCUGCUCUGCACACAUGGGGUCUCCAUGAGUUGGAGUUGGCUCGAUGGGGACUAACAACAACAGGCAGUCCUGCGGCGUUAGUCUGAUGUGCAUUACAGAUAUGGCAUAAUUUUGGUUUCUCCAAAUGUAUAAAUGCCUCUCUUGGGAAAAAUAGGGCCACUUCAUAAUAUUUGCCUAUGAAUGGGAUGACCUGAGAAGUAAGGAAUUAAUCUGAUUUCUUAUCCCAAGGACAACAUCCACAAUUUUGAAGGUGGAGAAUAAGCAGGAUGGAAUCCAGUGGCAUUUUAGCUUCAUUAGUCUAAUAAAUCAGGUAUUAGAAACUUGAUCAUAUCAAAAUUACUUUUUAUGUGGAUGAGUAUUAUAUAAAUCAUAUCAUCCACAGCCUAAUAGUUACCUGUUGAAUCUUAGGAAAACUAACGGUCUCAGUUUUGUUUCUUUGUAUGUUAAAGUUUUUAAAGCACAGCCAUUCUGUAAAUCUAGAUGGUACAAGAAAUUGGUUUGUAGAGAUUUCAGAAGGUUCAGUCCAGUACAUUAGGAACUUUUCGUUGCUAAUGGGUACCGAGAGGGAAAGAAUCAGUUGCCAACUCAAAAUCACUUCCUACGUUUCAGUCUUGUAAACUGGUUAAUUGCAGAUGUGGGCAGAUAGAUUUGGAACAGUUUAUCCAGUGAAGGUUCUGGAAGAGAGCAUCUAUUAUUAGGUUAUAGACAAGACCUUGGCUGUGUCAGGGAAAUGGGCUCCAUUUGGUUCUAGAAUAGCAUUUCCCAAAGUGUGUUGUGCAAGAUGCUCUGCAAAAAAAAAAAAAUCCGUUCAGUAAGUUUGGAAAAUGCUACAUGCCACACUCCUCCUCGAGGAUGACAAUGUAUAUGAACAGUAGGGGCUUUGAGAAGUCAUUCCAUGAAAACAAAACUGUUUGACUUUGUUUAACCCUGCCCUUCCCAAAUUGGUUUAACCAUAAAAACUUCUUUUUUUUUUUAAAUUUAAUAUCCCAUGGGAAAAGGCAAAUUGGGAAAAAAUAUUUUUAGGAAAAUCGUUGUCCCAGGUUGCCAUAAUUAGAGAAGUAAAGAAUGAAAUUAAGAUAGCACUUCCUUUGUUUUCCUUUAUCGGUUGUUGCAGAGAAUCUGGUUCAAGGUCAAUAUCAUUUCAUUUUAACCUGAGGACAUGUUCAUCUUGAACAUGUGUUAGACUACGUAGAAUUUUAUAUGUUUGUAGCUUGUUUCAUAACACCUUGAUUUACUUAAUCAGGUGGUGGUGGCAUUGUUUGGGAAACUUUAUUCUGUGUGUGUAUUAAUGGAUGACUGAAAAACUUUAAACAAGAUUACCUGUAAGAAGGAAUAAGGAGCUAGUGAUUCAUGCUUAUGGCUCUAUGGGUAAUGGAUAUACCAUUGACUGACUUUCAGAAUUUGUACAGUCAGUGAACAUUUUCUAAAUUUUUUUUAUAUGGGACACUAUUUAGAUCUAAUUCCUAUCAUCCUUUAAUGUAGCAACAGACUGCAUCUCAAAUUGAACAUGCAAGGAUGGAGAUAAGCAAACUGUUGGCUGCUUUCUGUUUUGUUUUGGUCAACAAACCUUUUAAUUGACACUUUUAUAACCCUUCAUAUUUGCAUUCCUUGAUACUAGCCAGUUACAAAGAGAAUCUAGAAUCCUAAACUAACCAGAAAUAAUAGUGUGUCUAAUGUCAGGGAGUUCGUAGAACAGACAGUUCUCCAUUUUCUGCAGAUAGAUUUUCCAUGACAGUUACAUGAUUCUGGGCUUGCUUUCUCUUAUUUCCUAGCCAGUUUAUACUCAAGGAAUACAAAUUUAGAUGAUAUAUAAUUUAGGAAAUAAUCAUAGACAACUAUAACAGAUUUUUUGACUAUUUGGAUUUAUCUCUAGCCUCUGUUAAUAUAGAGAGUAUACUGAGUUAAUACAAGUACCACGUCUUCCAUUUAUAAACUGUAAAAACUCAGAACAUGCCUACCGCAAACACUGCAUCUUUGUCUAUUCACUGGUUAAUAAUUUAAAUGUUGUUAGUUGCUAUGAAAUCUUAAUGUCUAAAUGCUAGUCUACUUCAUAGUUCUGUUUGUUUUUAAAGACCCAAACCUUUCAAUCUGUCAUUUCUUUAGCAGAUAGUCACCCUGUGACUUUUUAAAUAGGGAAUGUAAUUUCAAUAGUUCUCAGAAAUCUUUAUUAAAAACUCUGGAUGAGGGGUAAGUGUAAUUUGUUGGCAAGUCACAUCCAGUGUUGAAUCUCAUUGUUGUAACCCCUGAAAUGGGAAGGAUGGAUUAAAAGACCUCUGUGAUAUCUUUAGGAGUCCCUGGGUGGCUCAAGUGGACCCUAUAUAGGGCAGUUCUACUCUGCAUACAUGGGGUCACCAUGAGUCAGACUAGACUCCAUGGCAACUAACAACAACAUGGUACUUUUGAACUUUAAAGUUCUGUCUUUUCAUAUGAUUUGUGUUAGUGUUUACUUUUUAUAUAUUUUUAGUUAGAGUUUUUAUACUACUGUGAAUGCUCUGUUUGGUGAGGCAUUUUAAAGGUAAAUACUUGAAUCUUUCUAAAUGCAGCUGCCCUGUGGAAUACAAAUGGCAAAAAAUCAUUCAGCAAACCAAGCAUGUUAAAAUAUGAUGUCCACUUGGCAGAUAAUACAUAAAGCAAAGCAUUACUAAUUUGGAGCAAUGGACACAUUUCAUACAUUUUUAUAGUGAUUUUUAGAUCCAGAGCUCUUCCAUAUCUAUGAAGUCAUUUAAGACAUUACAGUAACUUUGUGAGGUAGCCAGAAAAGGUAUUUUCACAUUUUCCAGAUGAGGAAGUGGGAUUAGAAAGCUCUUCAUAAAGCUCUAAUGCUAUUUAGGUAUUCAGCGGUGAUCUCUUUAGCACACCACCCUUCUUGGGAAGAACGGUCUAAAUUAAUGAAACAUCUGAGUAGUUGAGUAAUAAAAAUAUUACAGAUAUAUUACUUUCAAGUCUUAGAGGGAUAUAAAGUAGUCUUAACUAAAUAUAGCUUAGUUAUUUGAACCACUUGAUUGUACUAACUGGGUAUAAUUAUCUGAAACAUUAAUGAUUAGCACAUUAAUUUUUGUAAGUACUUCUAAGUUAUUGAGGGUGCUUAAAAAAACUGAAGAAACUUUUUAGGAUAUGAUUCUUCCCGUAAUUUUAUUUACAUGAUUGUUACAGCACAAUCUUUUUAAAAAAGGAAACCUAGCCCCAGCCCCUAUAUAAAUUACUAUAGUUUUUUACUAUGAUCUAAAUUAAGUUUAUCUAAAUUGAUAAUUGUUCAUUUUGUAUGCAUAUUAUAUAACACUUUUCAUAGAGUAUAUUCCUGUUCAUGAACUACCUAAUUAUUAUCAGCUUCAUAUCCCCUAAACCUUAUAAAACGUUGCAAUAUAAUUUGUUUGAAGAGCCUUAAAAAUUAUAUAAAACCUUAUUUAAACAAGUUGCUAGAAUCCUUACUUAUAAUUAUGAUGCAUUUGAUGCCCCUGAGCAGUAGCAGCCUGAAGAACAGGACCCACAGUCUAGACUGGAUGGAGUUUUAAUUAAACUUCUUCAGCUAUAGCCUGAUAAGAACCAGGCUGGGUCUAGAAGUUAGCAGACUGUGGACUUGUAUUAAUUUUGUGAGCCACUGUUAAGGUUUACUGCCAGCCUUGCAUACAGUGCCAGUUUGCAGCCAUGACUGUGUAUGUGAGUUUUGGUAACUAUGGUUUGUAUCUACAGCAGUUUUGAUUUUAUGGAAGUAACUCAUGAUUAUUUGGACAAGCAGGGUAGUAAAUUCCAAUUACAUUUAAAGUGCAAUUAAGGAAGUCUUAGAGCUCUCUUUCCAGGAAAAAAAGUAAAGUUAGCAUGAAAAAUUUUUUGAACAUACAUAGAAUUUUGACAGGGUUCACACAGUGUGAUUUAAGAAAAAAACUUAUUCUAGGUUUACUACUUUGUGUUGAUUUAAAAUUUUCAGGAGGAACAGGAACAUUCUAGCCAAGGAGAAUUGUAUGGUUAAUUUUUGCUGCUAAUUUAAGCAUGCAUUUUUUUUACAGUUACAAGUUCCUUUGAAGUAAGCUUUAUUACAAGGAAAGGCCGUUUUUGUAGAUAACAUUUAACUGAAAUGUUUCUACUGUUCUAAAAUUCAAAACAAAACAAAACCUUAAAUUGUGCCUUCUCUCUUAAAUUAUAGGGACAGUAAUAAUUAGUCAAAAACUCUUUGAACUGUAUUUUCUCUAGUUGUUUUCUAAUUCCCCUCAUUUUUCCUUAGAUGUGCCCUCAACAAAUGAUCUAGUUGUUUGCUUUUGCCUGUUUGGCCAGACCUCACCUUAUCACUCUCAGAAGUUAUUCACAAAAUCUAUUUUUCUAUUUCUUUUAUGUUGCUUUACUUUUUAAGUCACCUUGAUAAAAGUUUGGUUGCCUUCUUAUGUUUUUAAAAUGUAUGCAAUGAAUAAGCAAUUUUUAUAUGUCAACCCUUUAAAACAUUUGUUAAAGGAAAAAAAAAAGUGCAGAGCUAAGUACAAUCUGAUUCUCGAUUUGGUUGCUGUGACAGCAGCAGGUCACAUAACCUCCUUUAGUUUUCUCAUCUACAAAAUGUGGAUAAUACUUAACCUACCUCACAGAUGUGUGUGAGAAACUGUUUGGAGGGCCCUCUAAGUGCUGGGUUUAUCAUCCCCAUAUUUAAUUUAAAUCUAUUCCCUUUUUAAAAUAUAGAUGUCUUUGAUAUUGACAGGAUGAGUAUCUUGAAUUUUAGGUGUGUCUUAGUGGUACUUUAAUAUAGUGGUAAAAAUGUGUGAGACCACAGCUUCACAAAUUAUGGCAUUCUUAUUUUAAGUGACUGCUUUUGGAUUUCUUAAAAAUGUCAAAUAUCCAAAUAUCAAACUUGUCUUUUGCUGCGCAAAUAUUCUUAUUCAGAAUUUCUUAAAGUGUUGGCUGAAGCUGCCUUAAUGUACCAAAAUACAGCUUUCUCUCAAGACUGUUCACAAACCUCUAAGGCUGUACAAUGUUUUGAGUGUUUAUUGUAAAGUCGUUAUAGAACUGUGAACUCUAAACCGUAAUGGUGAUAUUGUUCGAGCAAGUAUGGUUGUGUUUUCUAUAUGCUUAAAUAUCACACAGUGAAUUUUGAGUGCAACAAAUAAAACUGAAAGUUGACACCCAUUAGGUUAUGUCCAUGGUAAUCAUAAUAUAAGAUCUGAUAUUAAUUAAUCAAAUUUUUUUUUCAAGAGCAUCGUGCAUUCAUUCUUAGUUCAUCUUUGGAAAAAAAAAAAUCCCAUCCAUUAGUUGGAGCACUUGAUCACAUACCUAUUUUAAAAACUUAUUUUAACUGUUGAAAUCAGGGAUGACUUUUUAUAAUUGGCUUCAAGGGGGGGUGGAAAAAAAGACCAGUUUUCCAGUGCUUUUGUGUUUUAAUAACCAUAAAUCCAAAUUUAAGUUUUGUUUAUGUACUUUUUGUGAGUGUUAAAUGAUCAAUGGGAAGGAUCUUUCUUCCACUAACUGUGCAGGAAAGAUGUUCUUGAAUUACAUAGCAUUCUGUAGUUACAGGUUCUCCCAGUUACCAUUUGCAUUCUAUGAAACGCAUAGGUAAUAGACACAAAAGAGAAAAGCAGCUUAUCUGAUUGUUUAUAAGCUUCCCCCCUACAAAAAUCAAAGAUUCUAAUUAAUGUGCACGCUCCUUUUGUUUUUAGUCAUUAACUUAAUAUUCCUCAGGCCAACUUCUAGUUACAGAGGAAGCUACAGAAAAAGGAUGGCCUAUGACUCUUUGGAGAUUUCACACCAUCUUUGUCCAUUUUUUCCUCUUUGUUCCACAUUGUAGUUUCUAGCUUUAGCCAUUGUAUUGGUUUUCUAUUGCUAUCUUAACAAGUUACUAUAAACUUAGCAACUUAACACAAAUGUAUUAUCUUACAGUUUUAUAAGUCAGAAGUCCAAUGAGCUUUGUUGGUUUUUCUGCUUCGAGUCUCACAAGACUGAAAACCAAAGUGUUGGCAGAGCAGGGGUCUGGGGAAGAAUUCACUUCCACGCUUAUUCAGAUUGUUGGCAGAAUUCAGUUCCAUGCUGUUGUAGGAUUGAGGUCUUGAUUUCCCUACUGGUUGUUGGCUGGGAUCAUGUAUAGCUUCUGUGGACCACUUGCAUUCCCUGCCCAUUGCUCCCUUCAUCUGAAAGACUAGGAACAGUGGGUUCAUGCUUUGGAUCGUGCCUGCCUCUCCCAUUUCCACCAUAUAUCUCUCUGACUGGCUGGCUGACUUUCUGCCUUCCUCUUCCACUUUUAAAGGCCCACGUGAUUAAACUGGGAACACCCACAUCAUUUAGGCUAAUCUCCCUAUUUUAAGGUUGUCUUAGACUGAGUUCUCCAGAGAAAACCAGUGAAGCUGGUUUAGAGAGAGAGACAAAUUUAUCUGAAGGAAAUGGCUGACACGGUUGUAGUGGCUGGCAAGUCCCAAGUCCAUAGGUCAGGCAUCAGGCUGGAGGCUUUUCCUGACUCAUUUAGCUGCAGGGGCUGAUGAACCCAAGACUGGCAGAUCAGACAGCAAGCUGUUGGCUCACAGGCUGCAGAGGUUGAUGAAGUCCAAGAAUGGGAGGUGAGCUGCUAGCUGAAGCCCUAAGAACUGGAGGUGAGAAGAUGUAGAACCAGAUGCAGGAAUAUCCAUUUACAUUACUGGAGGCAGGCCACACUCUCAAGGAAACUCCUUUUCAACUGAUUGGCUGCUGAUAGCAGAUCUCAUCAUGGAGUUGGUUACGUCAUUUACAUAACUGCUGAAUUACAUCAUCACAUAACUGCCAAACUACAUCAUAACUGCCAAACCACUGAGAAUCAUAGCCAACUCAAGUUGACACACAACAUUAACCAUCACAAAGCUCAACAGGGAUUAGCAACCUUAAUUCUAUAUGUAAAGUUCCUUUUGUCAUGUUGCAUAACAUAUUCACAGGCAUAACACCAGGGAUGAAGAUCAUGGAAGCCAAAAUCCUGCUUACUACAGCCAUAGAAUAGGAAUGACCUAGAAUACCUCAGGCUAAUAGAAUUUUACAGUAAAGGCUGCUGAGAAAGAGAGCAAGCAAAGCAAUGUGGAUGUAAUCCUCUGUACUUAAAAUUCUCACCUUCCAUAUUCAUGUAUCUAAAAGCAACUUUUUGAAAAUCAUUAUACUCUAGCCCUCAUUGCAAAAAAGUGUAUUAUCAAAAUCAGAAUAUAUAAGUAAAGAUUUGAAUGUGCUUUAUCCAAACUUUUAAGGGAAUGGAUUUAUUUUUGUUAGUGAAAAUGUUUCCUUUAUUUCCUAAAUAGCAAAAGUAAUGGAUGCUUAUUUUAGGAAACUUGAAAAGUACAGGAAGUUUAAAGCUGAGAAGAAUCUCAUCCAUAACUUUGUUACUAAGAGGCAGUCACUUUAUGGGAUUUUGUCAUUAUAUAUUCUUUUUCCCCCCCACUUCCUGUUCUUCCCCAUAGAAUAUACAUUUUAAAAGUUCUGAGGACAUGCAGGAGAGGGCCUGGUCAAGAGGAUGCUGUCAUCUUUGCAGUCCUGGUGUUUCAUAGAGGUCUCAGAAGGAGAAAGGGAAACCUUUAUUGGUGCAUGUUAAAGUUAUUGGAGGCCUGGCCCAUAAAUGAGUUUAUGAGUGGGUCAGCAUUAGUCUCUUAGGGUCAAGUGCCCCUGUAUGCUGCCCCUUAUCUGACAAUGUUAUUUUUUCUUACAUCUUUUUGUACAAAAUUAAAAUUUAAAUAGAGACUUAAGUCUUUGGGUUUUUAGGAGACAGUAGGCAUCUGCUUGGGACAUCACUGAUGUCUUAGUUAUGGUGUUUACCUUAAAAAAAACCUUGCAGAUAAAUAAUGUGAGAAACUUAGUUGGAAUGCUGUUAUUCAAAAAAUGGAAGAAAUGUGGCUGAUGUUGAGUAGAAACAUAACCACAUUGAGUAUGGAUAGGAAUACAGUAAGGCCUGAGAAGGAAAGUUCAAAUAUUUUCCACUAAAAUAAGCAAUAAAAAGUGGUACGACUGUACCCUAUCAAAGGCGGAAAACUUGUAAGACCCAGAAAAACAUGGCAGUCCCUUUAGUUUCUGGGUCUCGCUGUAAUUAUUUUUCCUUAAAAUCUUACAUCACAUCGAUAAAUAGUGACUAAGUAGUAGUUGUACUGGGCAAAUCUGCAAAAGACCUCUUUAAAGUGUUAAAAAGCAAAGAUGUCACUCUGAGGACUAAGGUGCGCCUGAUCCAAGCCUUGGUAUUUUCAAUCACCUCAUAUGCACGUGAAAGCUGGACAGUGAAUAAGUAAGACCAAAGAAGGAUCGAUGCCCUUGAAUUAUGGUGUUGGUGAAGAAUACAGAAUAUACCACGGACUGCCAGGAGAAUGAACAAAUCUGUCUUGGAAGAAGAACAGCCAGAAUGUUCCUUAGAAGUGAGGAUGGCGAGAAUUUGUCUCAUGUACUUUGGACAUGUUAUCCCUUUUACUUUGGACAUGUUAUAAGAAGGGACUAUCUUAAAUUAAGGCUUAAUGCUCGUUUGCCUAGAACAUUGCAAAUACAACUAGUCUCUCCUCUCUGUAAUCUAACCUGUGAUAUUGCUGUGUUUGUUUCUUUUCUCCCUAAACAUCUGGCAUUGCCUUCCUACUUAAAACCCUUGAGUGACUCCCUGUCUAGAUGAAAAAAUCCAAGUUCCUUAGCAUAGUAUGUGAACUCAGUCACAUUCUAUCCCAAAUUUACCCCAUUCCAAACAGUUCUUAAAACUUUCCACUAGACAUACCACAGUUUACACUGAACUUCUUCCUAGUCACCAUACACAGCAUGGAUUUUUGCUGUGCCUUGCCUAGCAAAUACUUAAAAGACCAAGCUUCAGUGUCACCUUCUCUGUAAAAGCUUUCUGAAGUAUCUGGAUACUCCAUUCAUACCUUGCUUAUUAUAAUUAUGUUAGUUGUAAUCUCUUUACCAUCUCCCUCUUUAAACCCAGAACUUUGUAAAUACCUUUGAUUUCUGAGUGUCUUCUAGAAUACACUGUGCUUUUAUAGGUAAGUGCCAUUUGGAACAUGAAAAAGAAGAUAAAAGAACCUAGAAGCUUAAAAAAUAUUUCAAGUAGAAAGGAUGAAGGCAUGGCACACCCUUCAAAGCCAAAAUCACCCUGCUUUAAAGCCCUGGUGGCAUAGUGAUUCAGAGUUUGCCUUCUAACCAAAACUUCGGCAGUUCGAAUCCAUCAGCCACUCCUUAGAAACCCUAUGUGGCAUCCUACUCUGGAAGCCCUGAUGGCGUAGUGGUUAAGAGUUAUGGCUACUAACCAGAAACUCAGCAGUUUGAAUCUACCAGGCACUCCUUGGAAACCACAUGGGGCAGUUCUGCUCUGUCCUGUAGGGUUGCUAUGAGUUGGAAUCAACUCGAUGGCAGUGGGUUUGGUUUGGGUUUAAGAACUGAGCAAAAUUCUUCAGUUUUUAGUGUUGAAGAAGCCACUUAAAAUUUUUAACAACAGUUCAAUGUGCAUGUAGAAUUUAUCUCAUCAUUGUGUAUUAUUUUUUAAAAAUAGAAUAAAUGUUAUUUAUAGCUCAGUUUUUUAAUUUUUUCUUUACUUUCAUGAAAAUACAUAUGAAUUCUAUUUGAAUACCUAGGUGUUCAGGUAUUGGCAAAACAGUGGCAAUUUUCCUUAUUUUGAGUAACAGGAUGUUUUAAAGUGAUACAGCAUAUACACUAUUUAGAUUUUGUUAACUGUAGUUAGGCACUCCUUAAAAUGAUAUUGGAUGAAUUUAGGAAACUAUUUAGCAAACUAUUGCCAAAAGAAACCAAUGUUGAGCAGCAUUUUUUCCUGAUACUAUUUUUGUGAUAAAGCAGGAUACUUAUUAUAUGUUGGUUUUUAAAGAUUAAGCCAUAAUUAUUUUAAGAUUUUAUCUUGAAUUUGAAUAUUUAAGAGACUGUAGUUAUACUAUUUACUGUUCAGAAUUGUACCCAAUUUAAAUGCACAACAUCAUCUAGAGAAAUUCAAACAAUAGUGUACUAAUAUUAGAAGCAAAGCAUCUGUACAGCUGACUCGGCGCCAUAAGGCAUGAUUUCUAACUUGGGAUAUGGCCCAUUAAACAAGUGCUUAAAUGCUAACACACAGUUUCACAUUCUCUAAAACCAGCAGUGAAAUAGAUAUUGAAAAAGGCAUUGAAAGAUAACCUUUGAGGAGUAAAACCAACAUCUAAAUGUGGAGGAUUUGUUUUUGUUUUUCUCUCCUAAAUUUAAAGUGAAAGUUUGCACAGACUUCACCGUCUCGUUUUGGCAUUGACACUGAAACUGAUGUGAGACAGGACUAAGACCUUAGAACUAGUUCUUACGUGUGAAGCCCAUACCGUUUGGUGUUGGUCUUCUUAAGGUGACCAGCCUUGAUGCCUGAAAAAGAGAAAAAUACACAUGCAUUUGGAACUAUAGGCUAAUGGAGUCAUGAGUAGGAGCUUUCUGUGGAAUUUCUUAGCCUAUUUAAUGUUUUUAUGCUUGUUUAAAAUGUUUAUAAAUAUGCUCUGUUGCACCACCAGGGAUCCUUCCUUAUAAAGCACUGCAUAUCUAAUUUUCAAAAUGUUCCAUGAAUUUCAAUAAAUUCAUUAGUCUUCCCUUGAGACUGACGUAUGCAACUAUGUAUUAAAUAUUUAGAACCCAUGAUGUGAAGUAUAAAAUCAAACCACUUACUUGAAAUCUAGAUGUUCAAUUAGCACAUGUCCAUCUAUAAAAACAAAACUUACUAUUACUAAUCUGAAAGCUAUGGA